AUGGACAGUGACUGUAAUGGUGGACUUGAUCAAACUGAGAGAGAAACUCGCUUUUAUGCCUUUCUUCUUUGAUUAAAAAGAGUUUAAUAUACUCUUAAAUCUCACAUUCUCACUCACCUCAAAAUUUCGGCGUUUUUUCAUUCCCUUCUCAAGCCUAUGCUCAUUCAACAUUUUUUUUUUCCCUAGAUUAAAAUUUUCCAUUUCUCGUUAAGACUAAGAAACACUCACACUCGCACAAAGACAUGUUCACUCUCACACAUGUUCUGGUCUUUUGCCUCUAAGUCUGUUGUUCAUGUCUCAUUUUGUUCCUAGGACUUACAUGUUGAUCUUGGACACAAAUGGGGUUGUGAGUUUUCUGGGGAAGUUUCUGCCUUGAUUAUUGUUUUGUCUCUAGGGUUAAGGUGACCAUGAUGGGGUGUGUGAAAAUUUGCAUCUUUAUGUUUUUCACCGUGAUGAUCACAAUGGGUUGUUAUGGUGACACUAACCCAAAUGAUCUCCAAAUUUUGAAUGAUUUCAGAAAAAGACUGAAGAAUCCAGAGGUUCUCAAAUGGCCAGAAAAUGGAAAUGACCCUUGUGGCCCUCCUUCGUGGCCUUAUGUGUUCUGUUCUGGAGGGAGAAUCACUCAGAUUCAGACUAAGAAUCUAGGUCUUAAAGGAUCAUUGCCUCCAAACUUUAACCAACUCACAGAGCUUCAAAAUUUGGGUCUUCAACGCAACAACCUUAGUGGAGCGUUGCCAAGUUUCAGUGGAUUGUCCAAAUUGCAAUAUGCGUUUUUGGAUUACAAUGAUUUUGAUUCAAUCCCAUCUGAUUUCUUCAAUGGACUCACCAACCUUAGGGUUUUGUCUUUGGAGGAAAACCCUUUGAAUGCAACCUCUGGGUGGUCGUUUCCCAUGGACUUGAAAUAUUCAGUGCAAUUGACAAAUCUUUCUCUAGUGCAUUGUAAUUUGGUUGGACCAUUGCCUGAUUUCCUAGGCACAUUGCCUUCUCUCACAAAUCUGUGGCUUUCAGACAACAAAUUGAGUGGUGGAAUUCCAGCUAGUUUUGCUCAGUCUUCAAUCCAGGUUUUGUGGUUGAAUGAUCAAGCAGUUGGGAUGACAGGUCCUAUUGAUGUGAUUGCUUCAAUGACUUUUCUGAAUCAGGUUUGGCUACAUGGAAACCAGUUCACUGGGGCAAUUCCACAAAACAUUGGAAACCUAACUUCCUUGAAGGAGCUCAACCUCAAUAGCAAUCAACUUGUUGGUUUGAUUCCAGAUUCCUUGUCAAAUAUGGACCUUCAGAUACUUGUGUUGAAUAAUAACAUGUUCAUGGGUCCAGUACCAAAGUUUAAUGCUGCCAAAGUAUCUUAUGAUUCCAAUUUGUUUUGUCAAUCUAAGCCUGGGCUUGAAUGUGCUCCUCAAGUUACUGCACUGCUGGAUUUUCUCCAUCAUCUGAAUUACCCUUCAGCUCUUGCUACUAAAUGGUCAGGAAAUGAUCCGUGUGGAGGGUCAUGGUUUGGAUUAAGCUGCGAUCGCAAUUCAAAGGUAUCUAUAAUCAAUUUACCGAGGCAAAAGUUAAAUGGCACACUAAGUCCCUCACUUGCUAAGUUAGAUUCACUCCUUGAAAUUAGGCUUGCAGGAAAUGAUAUUACUGGCAAUGUUCCGAGUAAUUUCACUGAUUUGAAUUUUUUGAGGUUGUUGGAUUUAAGUGAUAACAAUGUUGAGCCACCAAUGCCAUACUUUCGCGGUAAUGUAAAGGUUGUUAUUGAGGGUAACCCUCUACUUGUCAAUCAACCUGUAAGUAGUCCUAAUCCCAUGCCUAUUGCAAGUCCAUCACCACCUUCAAGUGCAGAGCCUUCACCGCAAAACCCGUCACUGCCCCCUCCAUCCUCACAUAUGCAACCACCCUCCUCAACUCAUAGUUCAAGCAUGAAUCAGUCAAGUUCUGUUCAGUUAAAUCCCCAACCAAAUGUAUUCAAAAGAUUCAAAACAGUAGCAAUAGUGGCUGGAGCUGCUAUCUUUACACUUGUAGCACUUAUGAUUGCUUCUCUCUUCAUAUGUUGCUUGAAGAAGGAAAAAGCCUCCUUGGAUGCUCCUAGCUCUGUUGUGGUUCACACUAAAGAUCCAUCUUAUCCAGAAAAGAUGACUAAAUUUUUAGUUUCAGAUAGCACCACUGGAAGCUCAUCAUCAAAGACGGGGAUAAGUUCUCUGACUAACAAUAGUGGUGAAAAUGAGAGAUCUCAUGUAAUUGAGGCUGGCAAUAUUGCCAUCUCUAUUCAGGUUCUACGCAAGGUCACCAACAAUUUUGCUUCAGAAAAUGAGCUAGGCCGUGGUGGGUUUGGAACUGUUUACAAGGGUGAAAUAGAACAUACUACCAAAAUAGCAGUGAAGAGAAUGGAGUGUGGAGCUCCUAGCAGUAGAGCAUUGGAUGAGUUUCAAGCUGAAAUAGCUGUUCUUUCCAAGGUCCGACACCGACAUUUGGUAUCCCUGCUAGGCUAUUGCAUUGAAGGAAAUGAAAGGCUUUUGGUUUAUGAAUAUAUGCCUCUGGGUGCUCUAAGCCGGCAUCUUUUUCAUUGGAAAAACUUGAAAUUGGAGCCUUUGUCUUUGUCGCAGAGGUUUACAAUAGCACUUGAUGUUGCUAGAGCAAUGGAAUACCUUCAUAAUCUUGCACGCCAAACCUUCAUCCACCGAGACCUCAAGUCUUCUAAUAUUCUACUGGGGGAUGAUUUUCGUGCGAAAGUUUCUGAUUUUGGUCUGGUGAAACUUGCACCAGAUGGCGACAAGUCUGUGGCAACAAAGCUUGCUGGAACAUUUGGAUACCUUGCCCCUGAGUAUGCAGUUAUGGGGAAAAUCACCACUAAAGUUGAUGUGUUCAGCUACGGUGUGGUGUUGGUAGAACUUCUAACUGGACUAAUGGCCCUUGACGAGAGCCGGCCGGAGGAAAGCCGAUACCUAGUUGAAUGGUUUUGGCAAAUUAAAUCGUGCAAAGAAGCGCUCAAGGCUGCCAUUGAUCCAACUCUUGAAGUAAGUGAAGAGACUUUUGAGAGCAUUUCCAUUGUAGCUGAACUUGCUGGACAUUGCACUUCCAGGGAAGCAAGUCACAGGCCUGAUAUGAGCCACGUAGUCAAUGUGCUAUCCACGUUAGUAGAGAAAUGGCGACCGAUGGACGAAGAACCUGAUUACAACUCCGGCAUCGACUUCAGUCAUCCACUUCCUCAGUUGCUGAAAGUUUGGAAGGAAUCAGAAGGCAAAGAUUCAAGCUAUGCAAGUGAACACAGUGAAGGAAGCAUACCAGCCAAACCUUCUGGUUUUGCAGACUCUUUUACUUCUUCUGAUGCAAGAUGAUUUUGAGGUAACUCCAAUUCAAUUUGUGGGUUUUGUUACUUUGUCUUAAACAAUAAAAUUCUCUUUAUUUUGACUGUGUAUGUUUUGGCACCAAAAAUGUAUAAUUUAUUUGUUUUCAAGUCGUUGUCUUUGGACUUUUAGAGAAUACAGGCAUGGAGAUGUAGAUAAACAAAUAUUUUUAUUCUUUUCAUGUUUGGGUGUCUAUAAAGAAUUUCAAAAUCUAUAUAAGAAACGAAUAUUUGCUACAAGGUA